AUGGGUCCUUUUCACGAUUGCACUUCCAACCAAGCCAUUGCAUACGGCGAGCUUUCAAAACCAGAACAUGGAGAACUACUCUCUGCUUCCGUCUCUGAAGCCAAACAACUCUUGGCUGGGGGCAGACUUCCAUCUAUGCCUGUAUCAGAGCUUGCUGUCGAGAUUGCGAUGGUGAAACUAGCUCUUAAAAUUGCCCCCCAUAUCUCUGGCCAUGUUCACAUCCAAACAAACCCGUACUACUCAUACUCCACCGACCAGACGGUCAUCAACGCUUUAAGAAUCGUCCAGCUCUUCCAACAUCUCCAACCCGGUUUCGACCGGUCCCGCAUCUGCAUCAAAAUCCCCAGUACUUGGGAGGGAAUGAUGGCCUGUCGCACCCUUGAACAAGCCGGCAUCCACACUCUCGCCACCACUCUCUUCACCCUGACCCAAGCCGUCCUGGCCGCUGAAGUCGGCUGUACAUAUGUUGCACCCUAUGUCAAUCAGCUGAAAGUCCACUUUGAGCCCGGGUACAUUCUCUAUCCACUCUUUCAGCAGCAAGAAUAG